AUGCGACGUGUGCGGACAGUCAGAGCUGGAGUUUAUCCGCACAUGGUCAUGGUAACCACUAGGCUUGUGUUUGGCUUCGAUGCUUCUCUCCCUGUAGCGCGGAUCACCACCUUGGGAGGCCCUAAGGAUACCGCUAUAUUUCCCCUUACUUUACCCUUACUCUGGCCCCAUGCCGGCCUUACACUAGGCUCUGCUACUUGUGAGGAUCCUCUGGCAGACGCCCUGUGGGCACUGCGGCCUGGCGUCUUCGAUGCCUUGGCAGUAUAUGUACGCACACUUAACGUAUACGUACAGUUGCCUAGCCACUCCCCUAUGGCUCCUGUCUACUCUACUACGUUCAGUACACAGGGGCCUAACCGUCCACUCACUACGGGCCCGGCAAGUACAAAUCCCCGGACGUAUGAACGAAGUCCUGGUCGCGGGACCAUGUGCUCCGCUACGCCGGACAGCCUCAAGGACGCCGGUUACCUCCUGUUCGUGCGAGCUCCUCCUCCCCCCUUUUGGCAGAUGGUAUUGCUCGAAAGUGGCGCUGAUGUUCGAUACCAAUCGCAUCCUCUCCUCGAUUCCGUUCCGGUUGCCGCUUGCCAGCUCUAUCGUCAAACCACAGUCGUUUGUGGCAUGCAGAAAACCACCUGCUCCGGAUACACAGCGAUACUUCCAGCAGAUAAAGCGAUAGUGUUAAGUUUCAGAGGAACAACAUCACCUGCGCAACUACUCGAAGAAUCGGCUAAAACCGCUUUCAAUGGAUGGUUUAAAUGGAUGUUCGGAGGGCAUGUCUCGAGUUACUUUGGCAAUGCAUUCACAAAAGUCUGGAACGGUGGAAUGGGUGCAGACUUCGUGAAACUCAGAAAGCAGUACCCAAACUUUGAAAUAUGGAUUACUGGCCACUCUCUUGGAGGCUCAAUGGCAUCACUUGCUAAUUCGUACAUCCUGGGCGAAGGUUACGCUGAUCCACUAAAAACGAAGUUGAUCACUUUUGGUCAGCCAAGAACUGGAGACCCAAUCUUCUCAAACACUCACAGAGAACAGGCUGAAUACGUUUUUCGAGUUACACACUGGCGAGACAUUGUGCCUCAUAUCCCAUCCAUAGGCUACAGACAUCACAGGCGAGAGACAUUCUACAAAAGCGGAAUGAAACCUAAAGCAUUCCAAGUCUGUGAAGAUGGCGAGUCGAAUGAGUGCAGUAACGGCUUGUUUUUCAAAGGUAGCACAAAAGACCACAUAUUUUACUUUGGUAAAAUGGCGGCUAUGAGUUUGCCACGUGCUUCCUUUAAGCUGAUUCCCUUCGUAGUCAUCUCCAUACUUGGCUCGGUUUACUGUGCCGAAUACUCGGACGAGUUUGCGAGGAUGUUGCUGCCGCUUAGUGCUGCAGCGUACGCGGAUACUCCAUGGAAAUGCUUGGCGAUGCAUUUCCCGAAGUCUCAAAUUCAACGUCAGGUGACUGUGAACUGUGGUAAAUACAUCUGCUCUGGAUUCACAGCUGUUCUUCAUAAGCACAAGGCUAUUGCCGUGAGUUUCAGAGGAACAACAAAUCCAGUCCAGUUGAUAGAUGAGGCCAUCAAAAGUGUUGUCAAUAGCUGGAUUGAUUGGCCAUACGGUGGAAUGGUUUCAAAGUAUUUCUAUGAUGCGUUCAUGGAGAUUUGGUUUAGUGGAAUGGCAGCAGACGUUCAGUUUUUGACAACACAGUUCCCAAAAUACGAGAUUUGGGUUACUGGACAUUCACUUGGUGGAGCAAUGGCUUCUCUUGCUGCUCACUGGAUGGUUGGAAGUAAAAUGGUGGAUGGUAGCAAAAUUAAACUUGUAACACUGGGUCAACCAAGGACCGGUGACAAUGUGUUUGCAAGGAAUCAUACUGCUGCGAUUGACUACACUUUCCGAAUUGUACACUGGCGUGACGUCGUACCUCACCUACCUUCAUACGACGAGAGACCAGGUGGCUACUAUCACCAUAAAACUGAGGUUUUCUACGAUGAUGAGAUGUCUCCGAAAAAGUAUACCGUGUGCAAAGAGUACGAAGAUAAAAAGUGCAGCAAUGGACUCUGGGUACAUACAAGUAUUUCGAAUCACAAACACUACUUCGGGAGAAAAAUCCGAGAAUGGGGAGAGAGUGGAUGUUUUGAAUGA